GAUCGGGCUAGGGGAGACAGUUGUCUGGGGGCCCCACUGCCUGGAGGGGCCCCCCAGAGGCACCUCACGUGACUCCCCAUUGCCCCCUGCCCAGCCCCAAGGCUCCUCAGCCACUUGCCCUGUUCGCCGUCUCUCCAGCUUGUUCUCCUGGCCGGCAAUCGAGCAGCAGACACGCUGCAAAGAGCUCCUUUUCUCCCGCCUCUCAGCUGAUCGGCGGGUGGGCGGGGCUUCCACGGAGGUCUGGUGUAGGCCUCUGUGAAUCCUGAACUCGAGUAGGGCCCAAGCCAGCCAGGAAGGAGGAGGCAGCCAGAGAGGCCUCCACUGUUCUCUGCAGCAGAAGACCCCCUGCUGCCAGGAUCCCCCUUGGGACAAAUGUCCAGACAAACUGCAAAAGAUUACUGAAUAGAAUACAAGAAAUAGCUAAAAGAAAAAGGCUCCCCCACUCUCUGGACACUCUGAUUGGCUGCCUGGGGAGUCAAUCAACAAGAUGCCUUCUGAUUGGUGCUCAGUUUUUAAAGCUCCACCCACCUUCUGAAAAUAAAGGGAAGCCUUGUAAUUGGCUCCUGCCUUGUUAAUAUUUGAAUUUGAACAACUCUGUAUGUUGCUAUUGGUGUUUCCAAAAUUCUGGUACCAUCGCCCACCCUAUGUAAACACUGGGGCCAGGCUGCAAGCAGGGAAGAGGCAUAGACAGGGAGGCAGUCAGAGAAAUGGCUACAGAAGACAGACAGACAGGCUGGAUCAUGUGAUCAUUCAUGUAGGAGCACUGAGCUUACCAGAAUCAAAGGAAUUGGCUAAGCAUGCAGCAGAAAUAGGAGCAGAUGGCAUAGCUGUCAUCACCCCUUCCUUCUUCAAACAGGUGAACAAAGAUGGACUGGUUGCCUUCUUUCGGGAUGUGGCAUCCGAAGCUCCUGCCAUCCCAUUCUAUUACUACCACAUUCCUCCCCUGACUGGUAUAAAGAUCCGGGCUGAAGAGCUACUAGAUGGGAUGAAAGAACAGAUCCCCACUUUUCAGGGAAUAAAGUUCAGUGACACAGACCUCCUAGACUUUGGACGCUGUGUGAAGAAAAGUGAGACAGGCCAGUUUGUGGUUCUGUAUGGUGUGGAUGAGCAACUCCUAAGUGCCUUGGUGAUGGGAGCAACUGGAGCUGUUGGGAGCACAUAUAACUACCUGGGAAAGGCAAAUAACUUAAUGCUGGAAGCUUUUGCUAGUCGUGACUACUACUUGGCACAAAAAUAUCAGGUCUAUAUUCAGGAAUUCCUCAGCUUUGUAAUUGCACAAGGCUUUGGUGUUGCACAAACCAAAGCAGUCAUGACUUUGGUCUCAGGGAUACCGAUGGGUCCACCACGACUUCCACUCUCAAAUGCCUCUGAGGAUUUUAUCGCAAAAGUAAAAGACAAACUGGAAAGCCUAAAGAACUGUGCCUACAGCUGACUUUAACCAUCAGUGCGGCCAUAAAAGCAUGGUCCAUUUGACUUAAAGAGCUGAUUAUUACUUGAAAUACUGUAUAGUGCUUGAGAUGCACACUAACUGAACAACUUUCAUGAGGGAAUUGGUUAACAAGUCUGGAUUGAGUCGCUUCCUAUUGGGAAUGAUUUAACUAAAGCAUUUAACAUUGUCUAGUGGCUGUUUUGCUGCCCAUCAAGAUUAGGGUGACUCACCAGCAGAAAAAACCAAGCUUAUUUUGAAAAUAGAAUCAUGUUUGAGUUGAGCUGAGAAGCUCUCCUCAGCUGAAAUUCUAGAAUUCUUCACCAGUGUUGGCAGACAGGGCAUUGAUUGGACUGACCAACUCUGGUGUAUUUUGUUGCCCGCCUCAUACCUCAAGGCAAUAUGAAGAAUAUUAUAUUUGAAUUCAAUCAAAUUCCUUUAUUAUGGUCCUUGACCAGUAUUAACACGUUGCAUCAUAAAUUUUAAUUUUGUGUCUUUUAAUCUUCUGUGUAUUCACAAAACCUCCUAAAACUCUAAAUGCUCCACUGUGGAUAUUGCCUAGACUAAUUACUGAAUUUUCAAGAGUUCAUACUUGCCUCUUUCUCUGGAAUUACUAGCCUUUGUUUACUCACUCUUUAUGGAAUAUGCAGAUGACAUAGUCCAGUGUUUCCUUUGUUCUCUGUGUUUCUUUAGACCUGAUUCUGACCAUUUUUGUAAUAAAGCAUUAUUAAGGCUUUGUGCCUGUCAAUUUAA